CAGAGAGCCUCAUGCACAGCAGUCUCCGGACGCGGCCACGCAGGACCGAAAGAGAACACGGUUCUUCCUGGCACGUGAGGAAGGAGAGUUUAUGUCUGUGUGGGAUGGUGCCUUCCACAGCGGCACCGGGGAGUGGGGAAGAGUGUAGACCGCAGCACUGAGUGAGAGCAGCGUGCCGUCUGUCUCCAGGUGGUCAGGAUGGGCCCCAUGGGCAAACAGAGCCCGUCCUCCCUGCCGGUCCCCACGGGAGGGUCUUGCCUCCUCCUCCUCUUCUGCCUGCGGUUGGGUGCCUCUUGCCCGCAGAGCUGCCAGUGCCCUGACCAUGCCGGGGCCGUGGCCGUCCAUUGCAGUGGGAGGGGCCUGCAGGAGAUCCCCAAGGACAUCCCCACUGACGCUGUGCUCCUGAAGCUUGACGCCAACAAGAUCGCCCGCAUCCCCAACGGAGCCUUCCAGCACCUGAACCAGCUGAGAGAGCUGGACUUGUCUCAGAACGCCAUCGAGACCAUCGGCCCCGCCGCCUUCUCGGGCCUGGCCGGGGGCCUGCGGCUGCUGGACCUAUCCCACAAUCACAUCCGCAGGAUUCCUAAGGACGCGCUGGGCAAGCUCAGCGCCAAGAUACGCCUGUCCCACAACCCCCUGCACUGCGAGUGCGCCCUGCAGGAGGCCCUGUGGGAGCUGAAGCUGGACCCUGACUCGGUGGACGAGAUCGCCUGCCACACCUCGGUGCAGGAGGAAUACGUGGGGAAGCCGCUGAUCCAGGCUCUCGACUCUGGCGUCAGCUUCUGCAGCGUCCCCCACAAGACCACCGAUGUGGCCAUGCUUGUCACCAUGUUCGGCUGGUUCGCCAUGGUGAUCACCUACGUCGUGUACUAUGUGCGCCAGAACCAGGAGGACGCCAGGAGGCACCUGGAGUACCUGAAGGCCCUGCCCAGCACUCCUGUGUCCAAGGACCCCAUCAGCCCUGCGCCCUAGGGCCCAAUGGCUCGAGCAGGCCGAGGCCCACCUGGCUCCCGUCACUCUUGUAGCAGAUGGUGACUGAA